GAAACACAUCCCCCUUCCCGGCCGCGAGCGCCAGCUACUUUGACCCAGGGAUCGGAUCAAACCUUAAAUUCGCGCCGUCGAGGUCUCUGCUAGUCUGCUUCCAUGGCGUCGUUGGAGGUGCUGGGAAGAUCGCUCCUGCAGGGCUCCGCCGGGCCCGCCGCCGCGGCGCCGCGCGGCGCUCGGGACCGUAGAAGCGGCGGGCUCUGCUACGCGAGCCUGGGCGGGAGGUCGUCCAAGAGGGCGGUGAGGUCCAAGGCGCCGGUGGGGGCGCUCGCCGAGCGGGUGGUGCUGGCGCCGGCGCCGGCGGAGCGGGUGGCGCGGCCGGAGGCGCACCCGCAGAGCGUGGCGGCGCGGGCCGUGGUCACCGUGCGCCGGAAGCGGAAGGACGACGCCAAGGGCCGCGUCGCCGAGCAGAUGGACGCAUACGCCGACAAGCUCGGUUGCAGCGUCCUGCUCGAGCUCGUCAGCACGGAGACCGACCCAAGAAACGGAGGCCCGAAGAAGAGCAGGAAGUCUCGUCUGACAGGGUGGUUCGAGAAGCGGGACGCCAAGGCGGAGCUGGUGGUGUACACGGCGGAGUUCACCGUCGACGCGGCCUUCGGCGAGCCGGGCGCCGUCACGGUGCUCAACCGGCACCAGCGCGAAUUCUUCGUCGAGAGCAUCGUGGUGGAGGGCUUCCCGUCGGGCCCGGCGCACUUCGCGUGCCGCUCCUGGGUCCAGCCCACCCGCGUCGCCGGGGCCAACAACCCGCGCGUCUUCUUCUCCAACACGCCCUACCUGCCGGCCAAGACGCCCCCCGGCCUGCGGGAGCUCAGGCGAAGGGAGCUCAAGGAGCUCCGCGGCAGCGGCACCGGCCAGCGGGAGACCACCGACCGGGCCUACGACUACGACGUGUACAACGACCUCGGGAACCCGGACAAGGGCCCCGGGUUCGAGCGCCCCGUCCUCGGCGGCGAGAAGAUGCCGUACCCGCGCCGGAUGCGGACGGCACGGCCCAGCACGGUCACAGACGGUGACGCGGAGAGCCGGCUGGAGUACCCGGAGCCGAUCUACGUGUCGCGCGACGAGGAGUUCGAGGAGGGCAAGAACGAGAUGAUCUCCGAGGGCGCCAUCAAGGCCAUCCUCCACAACUUCAUGCCGCUGCUCGUCAGCUCCGUCUCGCCCGACAGCCGCGACUUCGCCGGAUUCCACGACGUCGACAACCUCUUCAAGGAAGGUCUCCGCCUGAAGCAGGCGCUGCACGACCAGCUCUUCCAGAAGAUCCCCUUCGUGCGCAAGAUCCAGGAGAACAGCGAGGGACUCCUACGAUACGACACGCCAGACAUCAUCAAGAAGGACAAGUUCGCGUGGCUGCGCGAUGACGAGUUCGCGAGGCAGGCGCUGGCGGGCAUCAACCCCGUCAACAUCCAGCGGCUUCAGGAGUUCCCGCCGGUGAGCAAGCUCGACCCGGCCGUCUACGGCCCGCCGGAGUCGGCCAUCACGGAGGAGCACAUCAUCGGGAGCCUGGACGGCAUGUCGGUGAAGCAGGCGCUGGAGGAGAACAAGCUCUACAUGCUGGACUACCACGAUAUCUUCAUGCCUUUCCUGGACCGGAUCAACUCGCUCGACGGCCGCAAGGCGUACGGGACGCGCACGCUCUUCUUCCUCACCGCCGGCGGCACGCUGAAGCCGAUCGCCAUCGAGCUGUGCCUGCCGCCCAUGACCGAGGACUGCAAGCGCGCCAAGCGGGUGUUCACGCCCCCCGCCGACGCCACCAGCAUCUGGCUGUGGCAGCUCGCCAAGGCCCAUGUCUGCUCCAACGACGCCGGCGUCCACCAGCUCGUCAACCACUGGCUGAGGACGCACGCGUGCAUGGAGCCGUUCAUCAUCGCGGCGCACAGGCAGAUGAGCGCGAUGCACCCCAUCUUCAAGCUACUCAAGCCGCACAUGCGCUACACGCUCAAGAUCAACGCGCUGGCGAGGCAGAUCCUCAUCAACGGCGACGGCGUCAUCGAGUCCGGGUUCACCCCAGGCAGAUACUGCAUGGAGAUGAGCUCCUACGCCUACGACAACCUCUGGCGGCUCGACCAAGAAGGCCUCCCCGCCGACCUCAUCAGAAGAGGCAUGGCCGUGGAGGACGCGAGCCAGCCGCACGGCCUCCGGCUGCUCAUCGAGGACUACCCGUACGCCACCGACGGGCUGCUGCUCUGGUCGGCCAUCUCUCGAUGGUGCGAGGCCUACGUCGCGGCCUACUACCAGUCCGACGAGGCCGUGCGGGCCGACUACGAGCUGCAGUCCUGGUACACCGAGGCCGUGCAGUCGGGCCACCCGGACAAGCGCGACGCGCCGUGGUGGCCGCGGCUCUCCACGCCGGCCGACCUCGCGUCCCUGCUCACCACCCUCGUGUGGCUCUGCUCUGCGCAGCACGCCGCGCUCAACUUCGGCCAGUACCCGCUCGGCGGCUACAUCCCCAACCGCCCGCCGCUCAUGCGCCGCCUCGUGCCCACCGAGGGCGACGCCGAGUACGAGCACCUGGUGGCGGACCCGCACCGCUUCUACCUCUCCGCGCUGCCCGGCCUCACGCAGACCACCACCUUCAUGACCGUCAUCGACACGCUCUCCACGCACUCUGCCGACGAGGAGUACCUCGGCGAGCGCCCCGAUGGCUGGACGGCCGACCCCGCCGCGCUGGCGGCCGCACGCGAGUUCGCCACCGAGGUGCGCCGCGCCGAGGAGGAGAUCGAGAGGCGCAACGCCGAUCCCGCCAGGCGCAACCGCUGUGGCGCCGGCGUGCUCCCGUACGAGCUCAUGGCGCCGACCUCCGGGCCGGGCAUCACCGCCCGAGGUGUCCCCAACAGCGUCACCAUCUAGUAGUGCCCACUAAAUUGGUCCGCGCCAAUUUUUCAACCAUAUAGGCCGAAUCGCCAUUGAUUUGGGCCCAAAUAGGAGAAGCAUUUAUUUCAUUUUUUUGGUGGGGGUUACUAGGAGUACAGUGGAAUGUGUAAAUGACUUCCUAAGUUUGUAUAUAUAGGUAAGAAAUCCCAAUAUAUAUAAAUCAACGGAAAAUAAUGUAUUUCUAUAGUACUACUAUAUUUGUAGUGUACUAGCUCAUAUAACAUGGCUAAAAAGAAAUUGUAAUCA